UUCGACAUAAAUUAUUUAAUCGAUCAUACCUACUUUUUCCUUACAUUAUUUCCAAUACCUUAAAUGAUUAAUAACGCGAUACCUAAUCCCUCUUGCCUACAUAAUAAUUUUAGGAAAAUAUCUUUCUAACAAUUUUCCUUCCUAGUCUUAUAUAUUUUUAAUGUAUUUCAUAUUAGUUAGUAUGUUAUGAAUCGUUAGAACAAUUUUACUGUUGCAAAUAAUUUGGGGUUAAGUCAAGUAAACAGAAUGACGGUUGAUCUGUCAGUAGUGCCACUUGUUGCUUUGUCCGACCAAUCUAAGCAGUGUAUCUCGACGUUAUUAAAUCCUCCAAAGGUUAUUCCAUCUGACAAUGGCCUACCAAGAGACUGGCGAGGCCUUGCACAUUUAUCCAACUUAAGUGGAGAAAUGAUGCCAUUGUUGACAACAUGUCCAGAUCCUUCAGCAUAUAUUUUAACAAUUUGGAGACAGAACCAAGUAGACAUAACAAUCAAAGACUUCCAAACACUGUUAGAGGAGCUUGACAGAUGGGAUAUUGUAGAUGACACAUCGGAACUUUUUGAAAGAGAUGCUGAGAGAUAUUUGCAAGAGCUACAGAAAUCUAAGAUAUCAGCUGAAGUAAUUGCAAAUGAGAUAGAUGAAAAAGUUCUUACAGUGGAUGAUCUUCAUAGAUUAAGACAAGGGCUUGAAACUCAAUACUAUGAUGCUUUCUUAUUAUAUGCAGACGAAGAUAUUAAUUUUGCUACAGAAAUGGUGAAUAAGUUGGAAAGUGAAUACAACUUGAAGCUUUGUUUGAAAGAUCGAGAUUUAAUCGGCGGAGUGACAUUCGAACAUGAGGCUGUGAUGACACUAAUAUCGGAACGUUGUAACAGAUUAAUCGUCAUAGUGUCGUCUAACAUACUUAAAAGUCCAGCAAAUAAAUUCUUCUUGAACUAUGCUCAAGCGUUGGGUAUCGAAAAAUGCCAGAGAAAAGUUAUACCAUGCCGUUAUGAUAAAUGUCAAUUACCGCCACAAUUGAGCUACAUGUUUGUGUUAGAUUAUACUAGGGGAGGUUUGUACAAUUUUUGGGGAAAAUUGCGAGAUUCUGUCCAAACUCUCAGUAAAUCGAAGGAUACGAAUAGUGUGAUACCCGAGCAAUGUGCCUUACCUAUUAAGAAGAACAAUGAUCUCAACACUGUAGAAAUAAAUGAUGAAAGGAUUAAGACAAAAGACGACGAGACAAUAUUAAAAACAGAAAAAAUCGUACGUGAACCUGAGUUGAGUGACUUGAAUGACUCAAAGGACAAUACUAAAAAGUCUGAAAACUUUCUACAACGGACAAUGAAGAAGUUGACUCGAAAAACGGAAAACGAUAAGAAAGAGUAUAUACCAAUUACGGAAACAUUGACUUUACCGUCGCUCGAAGGCUUAGAUAUGCUAAAUACUUCUACCUCCGUAAAGAAGAAACAGAAAUCGACAUUUAUAGAUAAAUAUGCGAGGAAAGUGCAUUUGAAGAAAGUUCUCAUAAAGUCGUAACAGUAACCUGUUCAAAGGAAUAAUUUCUAAUGUACAAUCUAUUUUGUUAACAAUAUGUAUAAAUGUAAAAUUGUCAAUAAAUGAUUUUUAGUAUUUAGUUGAACACAAAACUAUCUUAUAGAAGUU